AUGGGGAAGGGAUACAAUAAUUAUAUGUGUAAGAAAUUUUUCCAUCCUACAAAUUUCGAAAAUAUCAAAAGAAAAUGGAUGGCAGAACAGAAAGAGGAGUUUGAUAGCAAACGAGAACAAGAAAGGCUCACUCAAUAUCGUCGGGAACAGGAAGUCCUGGAGAACCGGGUGCUGCUUGGUGAUGAGAAGGCUCGUUUAGGCUUGGCUUGGAUGUAUGAUCAGCCUGCCGUGAUGGAGCCGAAAAACGAUGUGAAAUUUGAGUGGCAGCGCAAGUAUAACGCUCCUCGUGAAAGCUACUGCAAGAAUUCCUCUGAUGUCACAGAUCAACCGUUUGGCAUCGAGGUACGAAACGUACGUUGUAUGCGAUGUAAACAAUGGGGGCAUCUUAACACGGACCGAACUUGCCCCUUGUAUGGACAAUCCUUUACGCAAGAACCGACCACCGGCAGUUUGCGUUCACUUGAUGGCGCCAAGAAAAAUCUUCGCAAGGAAGGCCUAGCUUUUAAGAAAACAACCGAGUCUACGAGCCUAAAUGAGGUUGUCUAUGGUGCCAAGCGCGCACUGUCUAACUGUCAGGGGUUGGACCCUGACGCCGUAGAACACGAGCUGACUGUGGAAUUCCUUAAAUCUUUAUCAGAACGCCAACGCGAGAAGCUUCUGCGUAAACUAAGCAAACUUCCUGCAGAAAGUGAAAAUUCUUCUAAAUCGAAACAGAAAAAGAAGAAACAUCGUCGUAAUUGA